GUGUAUUGAGUAAGACCGAGUUAACCUGGCACUGUGUCCAGUCUGGCACAAUCCAAACAAAUAGCUAAAGACUAACCCGCAGCUGAUACCGAAUAUUCCUUUUCAACUUCAGCAACGUGGGAGGAAGCUCAAUUGAAGAAAUGAUGUGGAGAAUGCGUCGUCGCUCCAGGACAAUCUGUCUGUCCUUGGUAUUCGUCUCCAUUUUCUUUCACCUCCUCCUGUCUUUUGUCUCGCUUUCCUUGUACCGGCAAGCCUGUGACCCCCCGAUACCGACCAGCAUGACCUUCUCAAAACAUCUGGCAAACAAAAGCUUCACGGCCAUCGCAGUUUUAACUGAGUCACCACUUAAAAGAGAUUCUCCCGGUGUCAAGGGUCGUGGAGGAGCACCUCUGGACAAAUUCCAAAGUAGAAGGAUUGGACUGAUAAAAGCGUCUUUUGUUGAGCCUCUUGCGUCCAGUCUGGCGAAACUUCAGGCGCUGUUUGAACACCCUCUUUACAAAGCGCCCAUGUCAGCCAUUCAACAAGACGAUAUGUUGUUGAGGGUUCUACCAAAGAUGAAGUCUGAGAGGAGCUCCCAGAUGUGGGUGAGUGCGAGCCAGGAAGGUUACGAAAACGUCCGCUGGAACACCAGCGGCGACAGCCAUCCCCCCUGGCUACGCUUUCACCUGACCAUCUCCCGCUGGCAGCUCUACCCCCAUCCGGACCCCGACAUGGAGUCUGUGAUCCAACAACUCGCCACACACCGCAUCGUGAGCGCAGUGCAGAAAAGCGGUGGUACACAGCUGAAACUGGUGAUGUCAUUUCCAAAUUAUGGCCAGGCCAUGUUCAAACCCAUGAAGCAGGACAGAAAUGAUGAAACUAACUACAACCUCUACUACUUCUCUGACUUUGAGCGACAUAAUGCAGAAAUUGCCGCCUUUCACCUGGACAGGAUUCUGGGCUAUCGGAGGGUGCCCCCAGUGGUUGGGAGGAAGGUGGAUGUGGUCAAAGAGAUUAAAGACAUCACGACGGAUCACAAACUGGCCCGGACAUUUUUCAACUCCCCCGUGGGCAAUGUGUGCUUCUACGGUCGGUGCUCCUACUACUGCUCCACAGAGCACGCAGUGUGCGGCCGACCUACGGCCCUGGAGGCCUCGUUGGCCCUCAUGCUGCCCGAUCUCUCCCUGGCUACCCGGAGGACCUGGCGAUCACCCUGGAGACGCUCUUACAGCCGCAGCAAACUGGCUAAAUGGGAGACGGAACCAGGUUACUGCACAACCAUCAAGAAGACGGCGCCCUAUGACCAAGGCACAAGGCUGGUGGACUUCAUUGACAUGGUCAUACUGGACUUCCUGAUGAGCAACAUGGACAGACACCACUACGAAACAUUCGAGAAGUUCGGCAAUGACACGUUCCUGUUACACCUUGACAACGGCCGGGCAUUCGGGCGCCACUCCAAAGACGAGCCGUCCAUCUUGGUGCCAUUGGAGCAGUGUUGCAGAAUCCGCCGUUCCACCUGGCUACGGCUGCGCCUCCUGUCUCUGCCGCAGUAUCGCCUCAGCGAUGUCAUGCGGGCCUCGCUUUCCCACGAUCCCCUGCACGGCGUGGCCCCGCUGCUGACGGAGCCCCACCUUUCGGCCCUCGAUCGUCGCUUGAAAACCAUAGUGGAUGCCGUAAGUCGUUGCCUGGAGAAGCAGAGUCAAGACGGGGUCGACGAGGUCAUAUACGACGACGUCGGCCAACUGGAGGAUAUGUGAACUCUUGGAUGGAUGGAUGUAAUUAGA